CUCCAACACUCCAGCAAAGCCCAAUGCAAGUUGGAGAAACAACAUCGCAUUUUCCACUUCGGCAUUUUACAGCUUUCGCCACUCAACAUUGAGACCAAGGAUUUCAAAUCAUGAAAUAAUAUUCUCCAUGAUGGUCCCUCCAGCACCACUCCCUCCCCCACUGGCUGAUGAAAGAAUGCUUCCAAUGUAUCCAGUUCAGAACCAAAGGUUGGAAUUCAAGGCUGUAAUUGAACAAUCGAAAAAUCUUUUAAAAUCAUCCUCUAAUUGAGGCACAAUAAAAGUGUAUUGUCACGAGGGUGGGACAAACAGUCCAGCGCUCUCUGAAAGACAAAAGAGGAACUAAAGUUAAGAUCAAGAAAAGUGUGCUGUGGGUCACACCACCUUAAGUUUGCCGCUCCAUUGGAGGCAAGAUUGCUUUUUCAAGGACCGUGGUAAUCAAUAGCAAUUUGUCCAGUUGGCGGAAAUGAUGUACAUUGGUUUCGCUCGUAUCGAAUCCCGGCAGGAAGAUCAAUGGAAGGAUUGGAUUCUGUGUCUGUAAGCGAGGAACAUCAGCUCCCUGGCUGAGGUGACGGCGAAGGAUCACGCUGUGCACUGGUCAGUGAUGGGAUGGACUUUGAUGGUGGCAAGAUAUGUGGACCUUAAGCUCAUGAAAGAAUGGCAACUGACACAGAUGAAACAAAAAAGCUGAAUUUUACUUUUGGAGUCAUAGCUGACAUUCAAUAUGCCAAUACAGACAAUGGUUAUAAUGACACAUGCACAAUGAGGCGUUACUAUAGGAACAGCCUCCAUUUGCUGAGCAGUGCUGUCAAAGGAUGGAACGAAGAAGCAGUCACUCCCAGGUUUAUUCUGCAGCUUGGAGACAUCAUUGAUGGAUGCAAUUCACAGCUAAAGUCCUCAGAUCAUGCACUUCAAGUGGUUUUAGAUGAAUUUUCAAAGUGUUCAUCUCCUGUGCACCAUAACUGGGGAAACCAUGAAUUGUAUAAUUUUGACAGGGAACUAUUACUUAAAUCAGCUCUCAAUAGCAAAUGCCUGGGAAACACAGACGGCAGCUUUGAAACAGAGUCCAACCCUGAUAAUUCUGAGGCAUUUUAUGGCUACCAUUUUAGUCCUUUCCCUAAGUUUCGAUUCAUAGUCACUGACUCAUAUGAUCUUAGCAUUUUGGGAAGGAAAUAUUGCAGCAAGAAGCAUCGUGAUUCAAUGAAAAUACUGAAGACAUACAACAAAAAUGAAGAUUUUAAUAGCUCAGAAGGGCUCAAUGGGCUAGAAAAACGUUUUGUGGCAUUUAAUGGUGGUUUCAGUCAGGAGCAGUUGGAGUGGCUGAACAGAGUAUUAACUUUCUCGGAUCUUAAUCAGGAAAACGUUACAAUUGCUGCUCACGUUCCAAUCCAUCCACAAUCUACAAAUUCACAAGGAGUUGCUUGGAACUACGCUGAGAUCUUGUCAGUGUUGCACGCACACACGAAUGUCGUGUGUUUCCUGGCAGGACAUGACCACAAUGGUGGCUACUGCUUGGAUGGCCACGGAAUUCACCAUCUUACAUUGGAAGGUGUGAUUGAAACGCCACCAGAGAGCCAUGCAUUUGGAACUAUCUAUGUAUAUGAUGACAGAAUGAUUGUAAAAGGAAGAGGCAGGAUUCAGGACAGGAUUCUACGCUACAAGAAAAUCUGAAUCAAGUAAUUUGUAACACACCAUAGACAUGUCAAUGUGCUGUCCUACAUGAAUACCAUGUAAAAACAGGUAGGUGGGAUCAAAAUUAGAUCAUUGCCUGCUAAAUGUAGUAGCACCUACAGAUUAAAAUCUCAGAUUCUGAGAGAGUGAAGCUGUCUGCUGUGUAUCAAGUAUCUGUGU